AUGUCGAGUGCCACACCGAAAAGGAGCAUCAUCGAUUUUUUACAACAGACCGUUUCCUCGGAGUCCCCUGACUUUGUGAACCAAAUUCAACAACUUCGUCAAUUAGUAUUAACCCAAGCCAUGCCGAAGUAUGACGAGUAUGAACCCCUUACAAUUCGUGGACAAGUGUGGAAAUUACUUUCUGGCAUCUACACAUUGGACGAUACUGAGUACAUCAACUGUAAAGAUAAACCAUACCCAAGACUCGAAAAGAUCGGAAAAGACUUUUUGAGGACGUUUGGUGACAAAGAACCGAUAAUCUACCAGAUGCGUGGGUGUGUUGACAACUUAGUUCGAUUACUCCGAGUUACGUGUUUGAUCACGUCACUUCAGAAUGUUAAUUACAUGCAGGGAAUGAAUGUCUUGGCGGGAAUGUUUCUUAUUGUGAUGCCGGAAUUGGACAGUUUCUUCAUGUUGAAAAAAAUGAUUCUUGAAAUGAUCCCCACAUAUUUCGGGAAUGAAUGUAUCGACGGAACAACAUACGGAUGUCAAUUGGUAUAUAAUUGUAUUAAGUCGUUCGACCAAAGACUGUAUCGAUCACUGAGUUACAAGAAAUUCGAUCCAUGCUGUUUGAACCAACGCAUUACGUCUCUCUCGACAUGUAGCGGGCCAAUAGAGGAAGUCCAAAUCCUCUGGGAUUAUUAUCUUGCUUGUGGUUGUUACAACGUCGUGUACAUCACUGCAGCACAAAUCUUGAUGAAGAGAAAUCUGCUGCUCAAGUCAAGUUGUCCCAAAGUCGUCAUGUCUCAACUUGAAGAGGUGAAAGCUAAGAAACUCAUUUUCAUUGCAGAGAUGGUUAAGUUGCAAAUCCCAUCGAAACUAUUCGACCAAAUCCAAAUCCACACAACUUCGUUUAAAGGAAAUCCAUUUUAUAAAAAAAAAUGA